AUGACAAGACGGUACGACGACGAGCAUGCCGGAGGCACCCUUGUUUUCCUGAGGCUGACACGAGCCUGUCUUGCAUGUCACGACUUGAGAUAUGCGAUGGUGGACCCAAAGAACUACAGGGAGAUAUAUAGCAAUAAAAAGCACCGAGAAGCAAAGAGUAAGCAGAUGGUUGUCGUCUUAGUGCAGAGCCGCAAACGAUGA